CAGCAAUCCACGCCCAUUUAAGGUGCAUUUUUCGAAAAGAUUGUGAAGAGAAUGUUCUUUUUAUAUCAUCAAUAAUGACACUUUGUGAGAAUGUGACCUGCUUUACAUGGAAAAGGCUGCUUAAAUUAUGCCUAAUGUUAAUUUUGAUCAGUAUUUUUGUAAUCAUUGUUUUAAUCAGUGUAAAACACAACCGCCUUGACGAUCAUCAAAGGGACGCCGCAGAACUAGACUCUAAAAGUCCACCUACACUCUGUAAAAACACGGAUGGCAAAGAUCUUGUCAGUGACUCCACAUCAUGUCCUGAAUUCAUCCAGGAGCUUCUCCCGUCUGCGGAGCGAACGGCUCUCCUCUAUCAUCUGUCUUACCUGUGUUUGGGAAACUUCCCAGAGCUGGAGCGUCUGAUCAGAAAGAGAGCUCUCGAAACACAACUGCUGUUCGGAUCCUCUGAGGCUCUUCUGCUGAAGUGUGCAGGAACCAGUGAAAACUUUGUCACAUCUCUGCUGCCCAAUCUGAAGGUGGCUGCAGAGAAAAACAAACCAGAAUUAGCACUGAAACACCUAGAAAAAGCCAAAGAAUGGAUCAGUGCCAUCAUAAUGGAUGUUAAAGAAAUUGUGAAAAGGUAUGAGAAACAUAACCAUGAUUUAUGCGACAUGAACAGUGACAUCAUCACUGAAAAGAAAGAGACCGAGAAGCAGCAGCACCAAACCCCUGAGAUGAAGGAACUUCAGAAGAUUAUUGAUGCUCUGAAAGAAAAACAUCUUAACAUCAGUGAAGAGAUAGAAGACUAUGAGAGAAAGAUUGAGGAGAAAAACACAGAGAUGCGUGAAUUAAUCAGCAGAAUCAGAGGAAAAGGUUUUAACAUAUAUUCUAUGAUUGUGCCAUUUGAGGACAGUAUUAUUAGUCACAUUUACAAAACAACAGAGUCCACUUCAGAGAAAGAUCAACUCAGAGCUCUUCAUGCUGAUUUAUCUGAGAUCACUAAAGCACAGAAAAGACUGAAAGAAGAAGAGUGGGACAUCCAGAUAAAGCUGAUGGAGAAUGAGCUGAAGCUGGCCAAAUUACAAACUGAAAAUGGUCAGAUGCCCAGCGUCAGAAACCUUGAUGAGGUCAGGAAGCUUCUGUCUCAAAUCCAGAAAAUUCUGGUUCAGCUUCAGAAGUUCUGGGAGAAAGUGGGUUCUUUGCUGAACACACUGAAGGAAAGGACCUUCGCUGGGGAGAUUUGGAUUGAAGAUCUCACUGAUAUGAAGGAAGAGUUCCUGGAGUCCAUAGAUGCUGCUAAAGAGGAAUGGACAAAGUUUGGCAUUAACUGCAUGAAGGCCAACAACAUCUUCAGCUUUCAGGCGAAUGAAGCCUACAGGUUUCUGGAGAUCAGUCCUUCAUCUCUGUCUGAAGAAGAGUGGCAGAAAGAGCAUGAGAGUGUGAAAGAGAAACUACAGAAUAUAAAACCAAACACUGCCUGCCCAGCCUCAGGGUUGUCCACGGGGUCUUAAAAAGUAUUGAUAAUCACCCUAGGGUGACUAGACGUUUCUGUUUUCCAAGGACAGUCCUGGUUUUUGGUGUUCUGUCCCAACUGGAGCUGAUUUAGCCUGAAAUGUCCCCGUUUUACAGCUCGUUCAAAACAGCCUGUAAAUACCAACCAACAUACAGCAGCCUGUUGGUUAUCGGAGCAAUCGUGUAGUGAUUAUGUUCACCAAUAGAGGGGGCUGUGCAGUUACACUGCUACAUGUGGACGCGCCCGCUACUUCUGAAGAACGUAACCUGGACCAGAGCAGAGCACUCAGUUAUAAAACUAAACAUCAUUAACGGUUUCAAAGUAGUAACACAUUAACUGGAUGAUGGAUGAUGUUGUUGUUUUAUUUAUUCUUGUCAUGUUCUAUUUGACAAAGCUGUUUUAGAAUUAUUAAUUGAUUGAUUGUAUAUUUAAUUGGAAUUAAUUAUAUGCACCUGUUAAUGAUUGUCUAUUUAUGCUCUCUUUACUCCAAGUGAAAUUAUACCUUGACAAAGGCUUUGUUUUAACUCUUCAUGUUAAAUCAAAGUAAUACUGUUUGUAUGUGUUUUAUAACAGGGCCUCAAUAGGGUGUGAGAUUAUUUUGCAUAAUUUUAUACAUCCCCAAGUUUCACAGUCACAACACACAAUUUUCACACACACAUCUUAAAGGGUCAUGAAACCUCGUUUCAGCAGCAGUCAGUUCUCACCACAGUUUUGAAAAAUGCUACAGAAGUGGGCGUGGUUAAGCUGCAGAGUGGCAGAGGAUGAGGAGAGAGGUACACACAUUCAAAGUGUCUAUAGCUGUGUCCCAAUUCAGGGUCCGCGCACUUCGAAGUGCAUGAAAGGGGUGGGGUUUUGGAGUGGAGGGUUGCCAGGUCUGCGCAACAAAACCAUCCCAAAAGUAGUGUAAUCACAGCACAAGUGUAUAAGUAUCCCAAUCCCAGACAUGGCAACAAUGAGCCGAGCGUCGUUACAUGGCUAUCGGCUGUGUGACAGACAGCUGACAGUUGACGUUUAUGUGUGCAUUUUAAAGUUUAUGACUUUCAUUGGGUUUUGACAUCUUUCACUGCCGGCGACGACGGGACACUGGACCAAAAUAUGUAUGGUUAAACUAUGUAAUGUUAGUUUUAUAUCAUUAGCAACUAGUUAACCUUGUUUGCUUUUUAUGUUAAAUUAUGUUAACUGUGAAAAUAUAUACAUUCAUAUUUAUACAUUUACUCUGUAUUUAAGUCUGAAUUUAAAGUACAGUACUUUAGGAUUUUAUUCAACUGCACUCCAUCUCAGUUGUUGUUUAUGAUGUUCAACCUAAGUUCUGUUGUAAACAGUUGUAAAGGUACUUUAUGUAAUGUAUAGAACGAUGUAGCCUAUUUUAAUGUAAAAAUAUUUAAUUUACAUGAUGAAAAAAUGAUUGUAUAUGUUGUAUAUGUAAAAUGUUUCAUGUAAAAUUAUAAGUUGCAUAAAAGAAAUAAACAAUGAACAGAACAAUUCUUUUAUUUACAGACGUGAACAUGCGUAAAAAAAUGAUCGAACAGAAAUUAUAGUAAUUAGAAAUUACUCUGGCUCAUUUACAAAUAAAUUACUUUACAAACA